GUACUUCCGCGGGUGCCACCGGAAGUCUCCGUUACUGUUUACUAAAAGUUGGUUGCUAGGGACGCGCAGUGAAGCGCUUGCUGCUGUGGAACACUGGAGAUGCGCUCGAAUAAACCGCAGGACGCUCGCAAUAAAGCGCGAUUCCUGCCGCCUGCGGUUCACAGCUACCAGCAGCAUCUGGCAGCAGUGCGCUCUUUACUGCCGCACAGACUGAGCAAACCGAUCAACAACGCGUCCGAGCUUGAUCUGAAGUUAUCCAGUGACCUUCAGAAAGCACUGAAUGUGGACUCAUUGAAACCAAACCCAUCCAAAACCGAUGCUCGUCUGCAGCUGCGCGCUCCGGUUCUGUCCUGUAACAGCCAGCUCUCGGUCUUCUCUCUUCCCGUGGCUCUUCCUGUGGGCAUGGUGGUGGAUCUGGGGCCCCAGGCGUACCGGGUGAAGAGGGCCACUCACAGCGCGGGGUCCAUGUCCCCUCAGAGCAAAGCAGCACUCGCUCACAUGCGCGGAAGUCUGCGGGACAGUUCCGUCCCAUGUUUCCCGUCUGCCUUCGGCUUCAGAGAUGACAUCACUUCCUGCCCGGAGAGACUAGAUCUGGAUCGGCGCGGGUUGACGGAUGUCCCUCAUCUGGACGCGGCCGAGAAUCUGCGUCUCCUCAACAUGCAGCACAACCUCAUCUCACACCUGCAGGACCUGCUUCACCUGCGGCGCCUCGUGUUCCUCGAUCUCUAUGACAACCGCGUGAUUGACAUGUCUGGAGUCUCCUCCCUCACCUCGCUGCGUGUGCUGCUGCUCGGGAAGAACAGAAUCCAGAGGAUCUGUGAUGUGGAUGGCCUCACUAAACUUGACGUUCUGGACUUACAUAGUAAUCAGAUCUCUCAGAUUGAAAACGUGUCUCGUUUGUCAAAGCUUCGUUUGUUGAACCUCUCUGGAAACCGCAUCACUCGAGUGGAGAAUCUGCAGGGUCUGAACUGUCUGACCGAACUGAACCUCCGACACAACAGCAUCACGUCUGUGACGGAUGUGGAGAAUCUCCCUCGUCUGCAGCGACUGUUUCUCAGCUCUAACAGCAUCAGCAGGUUUGAUGCGCUGGCCUGUCUGUGGCACUGCCGCUCUCUGAGUGAGCUGAGCGUUGAUGGGAAUCCUGUCGCGCUGGAGUCAUGCUACAGACAGACUCUCCUCCGCUGCUGCUCGCCACACCUUCAGCUGCUCGACAUGAAGCGCGUCACAGAGGAGGAGAGACGCACGGCGAGUGUUUCAGCACGAAAGGAGGAUGAGAAGAAGAAAGAGAGUCACAAACAGGCUGCGCACAAGGGAAGACGUCGACUCGCAAUCCAGAAUGCAGCGCAGCAGUGGGAGGGGCUAAAAGCCUGCCUCGAGCUUCCUGCCCAGAACGGCUCAAAGGAAGAUGUCAGUCCAGACUACAGCCCCGCCCACAGCCCUGCCCAGACCAAUGGGAACACCCAGGAGACAUCUCCAGAUGAGCCCAGACGCUUGAGUCCGCUCACAGUCUCGGCCGGAGGGAAUGAGAGCAGGUUACGAUCUGCCAGUCGACCAAACAGCCCCAGAGACCCCAGGCCGCAGGACGCUGGCGGGCCCAAUGUUCAGAGUCUGUCCAUGUCUGACAGUCACCUGGCGGAGCUGGAUGGCGAGACACUGCGUCUGUUCGGCCCCGGGGCCCUGGAGACGCUGGAUCGCUGCUGGGGCGUUCAGACAGCCGCGAGCGUCACCGCCAUCGCCUUCAGAUACAUGCACUUCGACUCCAUCAUUCCCAUGUUCCUGCGCAUCCGCCUCAAGUUCCCAAACCUCACGCACCUGAUGUUCAUGGAGACGAGCAUCACUCAUCUCCCUCAGCUGGCGGCUCUGGCUCAGGUGCGGCGUCUGGAGCAGAUCAGUGUUGAUCCGGAGGGGAAUCCGGUGGUGAGACUGACGCUCUGGAGAUCCUUCCUCAUCUACAGACUGCAGCACCUCAACCUGCAGAAGAUCAACGGCACCGAGGUCACCAUGAAUGAGAUCAUGGCCUCGGAGCGGAUGUUCGGUGCUCUGGGUCACGUUGCUGCUACAGAAACACCACGCUGCCGCCUGCUGCUGCUGCUGGAGGAGUCCAGGAAGCGGCAGCUGCAGUUCCUGCUGGACGGACGCGGGCGCAGAAGCGGUCAGAGUCCAGACGACCUGAAGGAGAACGGCAAGCAGCUGGGAGACGCUUUGAGUCGAGCACUCUUCAGCUACCCCAGCAGACUCUCCGACGGCCCCGAGGAGGGCGGCGCUGACGCGUCCGAGCGCUCGGAGAUGGUGCAGCAGUAUCUGCGAGGGCUGAUCCACAGAGCCUCCGCUCACUGCGUGAAGGCAGACGCUCUGCAGAAGCUCUGGCCGUCGCUCUUCAGUGAGAUCGUGAGAGACUGUGUGCUGGAGAUGAGAGACAGACAGGCCUUCAGACAGACGCGCCUCCAGCGGCUCCACAGCGAGUCCCAGACAUGAACACAGACACUGAACACUGAAUGUACAGCAGCCUCUCAUCCUCACUCUAGUUAUUUGAGUCGAUCUGCUCAUUCCUGUGGUUCCUCGGAGUCGGACUAUUGAGGGAUAUUUAAUUUAUUUUGUUUUGUUUUACCUUUUUUAUUUUACUUUUUAUUUAAUUUUGUAAGGGCCCAAGCUUACAGUCAGUUAUAACAUUUUAUUUUUAUUAUUCUAUUAUUUUAGGUCGGAAUGAUCUUCAUAGGUCUUACUUUGUUCAGCAGUUUUAUUUUAUUAUUUCAUUUAUUUAUUUUUAUUUUAUUUUAUUAUGGCCCAAUCUGACAGUCCAUUUUAUUUUAUUUAAAUUUUUUAAUUUAAUUUAAUUUAAUUUAAUUUUAUGACAAUUUCAUGUCAAGAGUAUAAGAUGAAGACGGUUUAUGGUGAGAACAAACACUGAGAGUUAAACCUGCACUUGAGCUGCAUGCUUCCGUUGAGUUUUGACUCAUUUCCAAACACACUGCAUUAAAUUAAGUUUGUGUAGAUAAAGUGUUUGCAUCAAGCUGUGUGUGUGUAGAGUGUGUGUAGAGUGUGUUUCAGAUCUUCUGUUCAUUCUGCCUUUAUGUCGCUUCCUCAUAUUGAAUGUCAAAAUCAAACCAUAUGAUCUUUCCUGAGCACUGAAUAAUGUUUUGUAUUUUACUGAUUAUUAAAAAGAUAAUAGUGGAAAAAGUU